CCUCCCGCUCGCCGUUAGGGAGGCUCUGCGCCUCAGCCGCUGCCUCCUUCCUCGCUCCCGCCCCCUUGUCCGCGUCUCGGCCGCCGCCGCCGCCGCUGCCGCCGCCGCCGCCGCCCGGGAUAGCCCGGGGGUCGCUACCGGGCUGGCCCUGCGCCACAGCCAUCGCUUCAGCCUCGCGCUAGAGGCCGGCUCGGGAGGAGACUCGCCGGCCGCGGUUCCACUUAGAGCUUCGGCUCUCGCCUUCUUGACGUCGCCAAGGGUUCUGGAGAAGCGGCCGAGGCCGGGGAACGGGGCUUCGCGGUUCCAACGAUUAACUGCUGAAGUACUGAUCGAGUUCUGCGUUUCUUCAAUGAGGAACUACAGGCUGAUCUUCUGCCAUAAUCUUAAACAACCAUAAAUGACAAAAGAAUGCUUGCUCAUUGAGGGUAGCUGGUACAGAAGCCAUUUUUUAAACUUAGGUGUUUAAGUACUCAAAGAAAAGACAGCUUUGAUUUCUGGCUGCAAAAAAGAUAUGAGGAAGAGCUCCUCCCCUUCCUUGAGUAACUGCAACUCCGUUCUUGCUAACAAAAUAUUUGGAAUUCCACUUGAUGAGCUGCAGCAGGGAGGACAUCCAGACAAUGAGGUUCCAUUCAUAGUCCGCCACGUUGUGGACUAUAUUGAGGAACAUGGAGGUCUGGAGCAACAAGGACUGUUUCAAGUCAAUGGAAAUGCUGAGACAGUGGAUUGGCUUCGGCAGAGAUACGACAGCGGAGAAGAGGUGGAUUUGGUUAAGGAAGCAGAUGUUCCCUCAGCUAUUAGUCUUCUUAGGUUUUUCCUUCAGGAACUUCCUGAACCUGUUAUACCUGGCAGCUUGCAUAUUCACUUAAUGCAGCUUUCUCAAGAUUAUAAUAAUGAAGAUGAAUUUGGAAGAAAGUUGAGGUUCCUCUUGCAACAGCUUCCACCUGUUAAUUACAGUUUAUUAAAGUUUCUGUGUAGGUUUUUAGCUAAUGUAGCAUCACAUCAUGAAGAAAUUUGGUCUGCAAAUUCUUUGGCUGCUGUCUUUGGUCCAGAUGUCUUCCACAUUUACACAGAUGUAGAAGAUAUGAAAGAGCAAGAAAUUGUGAGCAGAAUAAUGGCAGGACUUUUGGAAAAUUACUAUGAGUUUUUUGAGAAUGAAGAGGAAGAUUUUUCAUCAAAUGAUCUGAGUUCAAUUACUGAACAGGCAGGUAGCAGCGUUCUCCACAAGCUGGAGUCUGGAGAGCAGGCAUUUCACGAGGUCCUAGAGAAGGGAAUUACAGCAGUCAAAGAAAGAAGAGAUGUUAAUGAACUUUCUGAGGAAGAAGAGGAAGAUGAAAAGCUGGAACACAUAGAAGAACUUCCAGAAGAGGGUGCAGAAAAAUCAGAUGACAUGCCAGCGGUGGUGCAGCUGAGGACUGAAAAUGUCCUGGAACCAAAUAGUGUUACAUCAACAAGGAUUGAUGCUGAUACUACUAAUGUCAGUGAUGGUAACAUAGAAUGUUCAGAACCUGUGGCUAGCAUUACUGUAGACAAUGAAGUCAUGCAGCAAGAUUUUAUAUUUGAGGAUCAGAAAAAUAAUCAGUCUGUAGGUAUAUUGUUAGAGCCAUGCAGUGACCACGGUGAUAGUGAAGAUGGCUAUCCUGAUAGGAAGGAAUAUUUGUUAUGUGGCAGUGAUAAAUUGCCACCCUUGAUUCUGGAUUCUAGUAGCAAGAUGCAUGAUUUGAAUGCCAACACUGAAUCAGAAGUGACAGGAAGUCAAAGUGUUGGUGUUCAAGGAGAAGCAGCAUGUAUACAGAUUGCACAUUUAGAUCUGAAGAGUGUUUCUGAUGGUGAUAAAUGGGAAGCAUCAUGCCUUAUCACUUUUCCCCUCAUUGAUUUCAAAACAAUGCAUCUGCAGAGAGAUGGGGAGGAACCGUUUCCUGCUUUUAAGUCUUGGCAGGAGGACUCUGAGUCUGGAGAAGCUCAGCUUUCUCCACAAGCUGGAAGAAUGAAUCAUCAUCCCCUGGAAGAGGACUGCCCUCCAGUAUUAUCACAUCGCAGUUUAGAUUUUGGGCAAAGCCAGCGCUUCCUACAUGAUCCAGAAGCAUUGGAUUUCUCGUCAAAGGCCCUUUCCUUUACUAGAAUUCGAAGAUCAUCCUUUAGUUCAAAAGAUGAAAAAAGAGAAGACAGAACACCUUAUCAGUUGGUCAAGAAACUUCAGAAAAAAAUCAAACAAUUUGAGGAGCAAUUUGAAAGGGAAAGAAAUAGCAAGCCUUCCUACAGUGAUAUUGCAGCUAACCCGAAGGUAUUAAAAUGGAUGACAGAGCUUACCAAACUUCGGAAGCAAAUUAAAGAUGCAAAACACAAAAACUCUGAUGGAGAAUUUGUACCUCAGACACGUCCACGUAGUAACACUCUUCCAAAAAGUUUUGGCUCUUCUCUAGACCAUGAAGAUGAAGAGAAUGAAGGUGAACCUAGAGUCAUUCAGAAAGAGAAGAAGCCUUCUAAGGAAGCAACUCUUGAACUGAUUAUGAAAAGAUUGAAGGAAAAACGUGCUGAGAGGUGCCUUCCAGAAGAUAUCAAGAAAAUGACAAAAGAUCAUUUGAUAGAAGAGAAAACUUCUCUCCAGAAGAGUCUUCUUUAUUAUGAAAGUCAACAUGGAAGGCCGGUGAGCAGGGAAGAAAGGCACAUCGUUAAACCUCUCUAUGAUAGAUACAGGCUUGUGAAACAGAUGCUGACAAGAGCUAGCAUUACUCCUGUACUUGGAUCUCCCUCCACAAAGCGUCGGGGUCAAAUGUUACAGCCGAUCAUAGAAGGAGAAACUGCACAUUUUUUUGAAGAAAUCAAGGAAGAAGAAGAAGAUGGUAUUAGUCUGUCCUCUGAGUUAAGUGAGAUCUUGAAAACAGCUGUACAGACACAGUCUUCAUUGGAAAACUCAGAAUCUGAUGUUGAAGAAAAUCAAGAAAAACUGGCUCGAGAUCUCCGAUUAUCAAGUACUCGAGCAGCUUCUAUGCCUGAAUUACUGGAACAACUUUGGAAAGCCAGAGCUGAGAAAAAGAAACUACGUAAAACAUUAAGGGAAUUUGAAGAAGCAUUUUAUCAGCAAAAUGGAAGGAAUGCCCAGAAAGAGGAUCGUGUUCCAGUGCUUGAGGAAUAUAAGGAGUACAAGAAAAUUAAAGCCAAGCUUAGACUUCUUGAAGUUCUUAUCAGCAAACAAGAUUCUUCAAAAUCCAUUUAAAAUACGUUCCUUGAAAAUUCACAUCAUAAAGUCAGUUGUGUUCCUUGAAGGUAUCACCAUUGUACUUGGCUUGCACUUGAGUUCAUUUUGUCAGUCUCUCAGAGAAUCUCAUUUUGUACUUGGUUGUGCCACUAAGCACAGGAAGGGGAGGGUCUAGUAGACCCUCUCUGGGGAAAGUAAGGGAUGUUCCAUGUGUUACCACAGACUCUCCUCUCCACCUUUAGCAAACACGGUUUCCUUCUUUAUUUUGUACAACAGAUACAUCCUGU